GGGAAUGCAGCUCUCCGCUGUCCGGGAAGCAUAGCCAUAUAUAUCCCCCAAUACAGACACACACACCACACCGCCUUUGAGCUAGACUAGACCUGCCUCCCUCUGCGGCUGGAGAGACCGACACCCGGAUCACCGUGGAGCAAAGACUCCAUCCACAAGUCUACAGGGGAAAGAGCGGAGCCGGAGAGCAUGGCGGUCGAAGAGGAAGGGCUGCGGGUUUUCCAAAGCGUCAAAAUAAAAAUAGGUGAGGCUAAGAACAUCCCUCCGUACCCAGGUCCCAACAGGAUGAGAGACUGUUACUGUACUGUCAAUCUGGAUCAGGAGGAGGUCUUCAGGACCAAGAUCAUCGAGAAGUCUCUGUGCCCUUUCUACGGAGAGGACUUUUAUUGUGAAAUCCCCCGUAGUUUCCGUCAUCUCUCCUUCUACAUCUUCGACAGGGACGUGUUCAGGAGAGACUCCAGCAUCGGUGAGUAACGCCUGAUCCUAUUG